AGAUGAACAGCUUCGAUUUUUCACAAAAUUUUGAGGUUACUUUUUAGACCUUCUGGUGGUGACACGUGUUAUCUCUUCUAUCUGGUUUCUGAAGUUUCUUUACUGUGUACGCAGUUGGUGCUCCCUUGCAUUUUCCUGCAGCUGUUCGGUGUUGUGCAAUUGAUUCCUACUAUAUCUAUGGUGCUGUGAUAUUUUUGCACCGCUUGUGUGAGUGUAGCUGCUAGGUACGGUCAAAGCGGCGCUGGUGUCCAUGUGACCAUGUCCCCAUGCCACGCGUGGGCUGUUUUGUGGCCGGACACGUGCUUCAUCUCCCGUAUCUUCUUCUUGUCCUCUCUUUUCAUCAUUAUUUUUUUACUGAUUUUGACCAUCCUCUCCUGCUUGAUCUUCUCCCCUCCCUGCCACGAGUGCUUCGUGUGCUUGGCCGGGCUGCUCCGGCCGAGACUGGCGCACGAUAGGAGCAGGUGGAGAGGUUCUGCUCGGAGAGGAGGCGGCAGAUUCAAGCAACAUGCUCCUUGAUCGGCGGUGAUGGAGAUGCUACACCGUGAGGAUCAUCUGAGAGCGACAUGAAUUGAAGGUUGUCCAUAGAUUUUUCCCCAGAGCGAGCCCUCCCCAUCCGCGAGAUCCCCCUGGCCGAGCUCCUCCAUGGCGGGCGGCCGUUGUGAGGCUCGGGUCCUGCUCCGAUGGUGCAGCGAUUCUCCGGCUCACCUGAUCCAGCUCCUCACCUGGAAGCGGCCCCUAGCCCCGAUGGAUUGUCGCUCAACGAGCGACGACGGUGCCUCCUCCUCCUCGCUACCCCCGAGAGGCCGGGACGCGACGCGAACCGGCGGCUGGGCGAUGCGGUCCGGCUGGCGUGGGCGGUGGCGGCGGAGCUGUGGAGGAGGGAGGUUGCGGCGAACGCGCGGCUGGCGGUGGCGCGGGCGCGGCUCGCUGAGGCGCUCGCGGAGUUGGAGCGGAAUAGGGAUUGGCUGCACGGCCCGCUGGCCGAGCUCGGCGGCGGCGAGGCCAUGUGCCACCAUCGACGCGCUAUGGCUGGAGCUUGCUCUGUUUGGGGUGCCGUGUUCGGUCUGGGCCACGCCAACUCUGUGCAGCUUGCCGCGACCAGCGCAAACGAAGCGGGAUUGGUUCACGACGGCCAUCGGGGAGUUGCAUCCUGGGUGCCGUUCUGUCUGGUCUGGGCCACGCCAUCUCCGCGCAGCUCGCUGAAACCGGCAGAGACAGAGCGAGGGGGGUUCAGACGGACUGGGGGAUGCAUCAGGUGCUCGCAGCGGCCAACGAGGACAUCGCGCCCACUCCCUGUGAGGCAUGCCCUGGCGCCGAUGAUGCCGUAUUGCCGGUGGUUUGCCAACCGUAUGUUUGCACUGUCUGACCUCAUCGAAAUGCUGUUGCGGCUAUCUGUCGAUGCUACCAAGCAGCGGCAACAUGGAUGACCACAUACAAUUAAGCAAUUCAGGUUUGGCCUAUCCUCACCCCAACCCCCUGGUCGUGCAGCAUUGGUUGAGUCAUAGAAAGCCUAGGUAGCCAAUAUAGGCAACCAUGGCAUGAAAGCCCAACGGCAACCACCAUUUGAUCAUAAGAUCCUUCCAUCGGUACCAAGUGAGGUUAAAUUAGAUUGAGAGAUGCACAGCCUGGUGCACGCAUGCAAGAUCAAAUUCAGACUGAGGAAUGUCAAGUUCCACGGAGGGCUAUCAAAACCGGCCAUUCCUGUUUCAUUUCUCCUUGCCUUGAAUCAUGUAAUAUUUAAAUAUUAUAUCUCACACACUUCUCUUCAGGGGAACAUAUAUCACUCAGUGUUUUAAACUCUUUGCUUAUCAGCACAGAUGUGCACAAAUAAAAAAUCUCAGUAAUAAAAAGGUGAGCUAUCUUAGAUGCUCA